ACUCAGAGUACACUUUCGGCAGUGAGCGCGCGGCGAGCUUACCGUCCACACGAACGCGCAUCAUGCGCACGCGCAAACCGCGAGUGCAUUCCACCAACAUACAACAAUAUUGUGAAGUGAUAUUCUGAUAUUCUAAGGAUUUCCCUCUACUACACUACUGGAGCUGCUCUUAAGUUAAUUAAAGAUGGCGGCGUCGGGAGGGAAGCGCCGCGACGACGGCAGCGACAACUCUGAUGACGAGCUCACCCCGCUGGCGAACGAGAUCUACGGUGGCAGCCAAAGAACCGUGCACGAGACAAAAGGAUGGGACGUGUUCCGGGAGUUCCCGCCGAAGCAGGACAGUGGGUCGAUGGAGAGUCAGAAAUGUCUGGAGUUCACAGUGCGGAUGCUCAAAGUGCUGGCCUACAUCGUAGUUUUCGUGGUGGUACUUGGCUCCGGCGUGAUUGCCAAGGGCACCGUCCUCUUCAUGACCUCGCAGCUUAAGAAAGAUAAGCGGCUAUCCUUUUGUAAUAGAAAUUUAGGUAGAGAUAAACAAUUUUUAGUCACAUUGCCAGACGAAGAGCGAGUAGCGUGGAUGUGGGCUUUGCUCGCAGCCUUUGCUAUUCCCGAGAUAGGCACGCUCAUACGCUCGGUCAGGAUAUGUUUCUUCAAGUCGUCCAAGCGACCCACGAGCGCCCAGUUCAUUGUGGUGUUUAUUGCGGAAUCACUUCACACGAUCGGAAUGGCCCUACUUUUCUUCAAAAUUCUUCCCGAAUUGGACGUAGUAAAAGGGGCCAUGAUAACGAACUGCCUCUGCAUCGUCCCCGCUAUCCUGGGCCUGCUGUCGCGCAGUUCCCGGGACUCCAAACGAUUUGUAAAAGUCAUCGUGGACAUGGCCGCCAUCGUGGCUCAAGUGACCGGGUUCAUUGUAUGGCCGCUGUUGGAAAACAAACCAGUGCUGUGGUUGAUGCCCAUCGCUGCGUUGUGCAUAUCUUUGGGCUGGUGGGAGAACUACGUCACGAGGCAAAGUCCCAUAGGCAUUAUAAAAAGUCUAGGAAGACUGAAGGAAGAGCUGGCACUGACGCGGUACUACACGUACCGAUUCAUCUCCGUGUGGAAGAUCAUGUUCUUCAUCAUCUGUAUCCUGUUCGCGCUGUGGAUGGAGGGCGACGAGCCCGCCAUGUUCUUCCAGCUGUUCAACGCUGGCUUCGGACCGCAUAACAUAGUCGUUGAAGAGGUUCAAAUCCAAUUGGGAGGUACAAUCAUACCGGACUUAGCCAAUGCGACUCUAACAGGAGAUUCAGUGGAACAGGCAGCGGCGCACAAAUCGGCAUUCUACGUCCUUCUCAUCCAAGUGUUCGCGGCCUACUUCUGCUACAUCUUCGGGAAGUUUGCCUGCAAGAUACUGAUACAAGGCUUCAGCUACGCGUUCCCGAUUAACUUGGUCAUACCGUUGGUGGUCAAUAUGUUGAUAGCGGCGUGCGGAUUGAGAAACGGAGACACGUGUUUCUUCCACGGAACUAUUCCUGAUUACCUCUUUUUUGAGAGCCCGCCAGUAUUCACUCUCAGCGAUUUCAUUUCCCGCCAAAUGGCCUGGGUGUGGUUACUGUGGCUAUUAUCACAGACCUGGAUUACGAUACACAUAUGGACACCCAAAACGGAGCGUCUAGCCUCAACUGAGAAGUUGUUCGUGAUACCCAUGUAUAACGGGCUUUUGAUUGAUCAGAGCAUGGCGCUGAACAGGAAGAGAGAUGACCACAAAGAUGUCAAGACUGAGGACCUUGCCGAAAUAGAAAAGGAGAAAGGGGACGAAUAUUACGAAACUAUAUCAGUACACACGGACAACACUGGUUCUUCUCCCAAAACGGUGAAGUCUUCAGACUCAAUCACAAGGAUCUACGCCUGCGCUACUAUGUGGCACGAGACCAAGGAUGAGAUGAUGGAGUUCUUGAAAUCUAUUCUAAGGUUGGAUGAAGACCAGUGUGCGAGGAGAGUGGCUCAGAAAUAUCUGCGAGUGGUGGAUCCUGACUAUUACGAAUUUGAAACUCACAUCUUUUUGGACGACGCAUUCGAAAUCUCAGAUCAUAGUGACGACGAUUCUCAAGUCAAUCGUUUUGUAAAACUAUUAGUCGACACGAUAGACGAGGCUGCGUCAGAAGUGCACCAAACGAUCAUCAGGAUUCGUCCACCGAAGAAACUGCCAGCACCUUAUGGAGGCCGCUUGACUUGGGUUCUACCGGGAAAGACCAAAAUGAUCUGCCACUUGAAGGACAAGGCUAAGAUUCGUCACAGGAAGCGUUGGUCUCAGGUGAUGUACAUGUACUACCUGCUGGGCCACCGGCUGAUGGAGCUGCCCAUCUCCGUGGACCGCAAGGAGGUGAUGGCGGAGAACACGUACCUGCUGACGCUGGACGGCGACAUCGACUUCCAGCCGCACGCCGUCCGGCUGCUCAUCGACUUGAUGAAGAAGAACAAGAACCUUGGCGCGGCCUGCGGACGUAUUCAUCCUGUUGGUUCUGGUCCUAUGGUGUGGUAUCAAAUGUUCGAAUACGCCAUCGGCCAUUGGCUGCAAAAGGCGACCGAACACAUGAUCGGCUGCGUGCUCUGUAGUCCCGGGUGCUUCUCCCUCUUCAGGGGGAAGGCGCUCAUGGACGACAACGUGAUGAAGAAAUACACUCUCCGCUCAGACGAGGCCCGCCAUUACGUGCAAUACGAUCAAGGAGAAGAUCGUUGGCUGUGUACUCUCCUCCUGCAGCGAGGUUACCGGGUUGAAUACUCAGCCGCUUCGGACGCCUAUACCCACUGUCCCGAAGGGUUCAGCGAGUUUUACAACCAGCGGCGUCGAUGGGUGCCCUCCACUAUCGCCAACAUCAUGGACCUGCUCAUGGACUACAAGCAUACGAUCAAGAUCAACGACAAUAUUUCUACGCCAUACAUCGCUUACCAGAUGAUGUUGAUGGGCGGCACGAUUUUGGGUCCUGGCACUAUAUUCCUUAUGUUGGUGGGAGCUUUCGUGGCAGCCUUCAGAAUAGACAACUGGACCUCGUUUGAGUACAAUUUAUAUCCGAUCAUGCUUUUCAUGUUUGUUUGCUUCACUAUGAAAUCGGAAAUACAGUUACUGGUGGCACAAAUAUUAUCGACAGCAUACGCGAUGAUAAUGAUGGCCGUGAUCGUGGGCACGGCGCUGCAGCUGGGCGAGGACGGCAUCGGCUCUCCGUCCGCCAUUUUCCUAAUAGCCCUCUCCAGUUCUUUCUUCAUAGCGGCGUGCUUGCAUCCGCAGGAGUUCUGGUGCAUCGUACCUGGAAUUAUUUACCUGUUAUCUAUACCGUCUAUGUACUUGCUCCUGAUUUUGUAUUCUAUUAUCAAUUUGAAUGUUGUCACGUGGGGUACGCGUGAAGUGCAAACGAAGAAAACUAAGAAGGAAAUAGAACAAGAAAAGAAAGAGGCAGAGGAAGCAAAGAAGACAGCCAAACAGAAGUCCUUGUUGGGUUUCCUGCAAGGAGUGAACAGCAACGAAGAGGAAGGCUCCAUCGAGUUCUCGUUCGCGGGACUGUUCAAAUGCUUGCUGUGCACACAUCCCAAGGGAAACGAAGAGAAAGUCCAGCUACUGCAUAUUGCUUCUACUUUAGAUAAAUUGGAAAAGAAAUUGGAUGUUGUCGAGAGGUCAAUAGAUCCGCACGGGCUAAAUAGAGGCAGGAAGCUGUCGGUGGGUCACCGCGGCAGCACGAACGGCGACCACGGGCUGGACGCGCUGGCCGAAGGUCCAGAGGAAGAACACGGCUCCGACUCCGAAACUGACACUCUUUCUACAUCUCCCAGGGAAAGAAGAGACGAUCUCAUUAACCCAUACUGGAUUGAGGACCCUGAUCUGAAAAAAGGAGAAGUAGAUUUUUUGAGCCCCACAGAGAUACAAUUUUGGAAAGAUCUCAUUGACAAAUAUUUGUAUCCUAUUGAUGCCAAUAAAGAGGAACAGGCACGUAUAUCCAGAGAUCUGAAAGAAUUGAGAGAUUCAUCUGUUUUCUCCUUCUUUAUGUGCAAUGCCCUCUUUGUGCUCAUUGUGUUCUUGCUGCAAUUGAACAAGGACAACCUCCACUUUAAAUGGCCCUUCGGAGUUAAAACUAACAUAACUUAUGAUGAGGUUUCCCAAGAGGUGAUUAUUUCAAAAGAAUACUUGCAAUUAGAACCAAUCGGUCUCGUAUUUGUAUUCUUCUUUGCUUUGAUCUUGGUCAUACAAUUUUCGGCUAUGUUGUUCCAUCGAUUCGGAACCCUUUCACACAUAUUAGCAUCGACAGAACUCAACUGGUUCUGUACUAAAAAGUCUGAAGAUUUGUCGCAAGAUGCAUUACUAGAUAAAAAUGCUAUAGCCAUAGUCAAAGACUUGCAAAAACUAAAUGGGCUGGACGACGAUUAUGACAAUGACUCAAGUUCGGGGCCCCAUAAUGUUGGUAGAAGAAAAACCAUCCACAAUUUAGAGAAAGCCAGGCAGAAGAAGCGGAACAUUGGCACGCUGGACGUUGCAUUCAAGAAACGAUUCUUUAAUAUGAAUGCUAAUGAUGGACCUGGUACUCCAGUACUCAAUCGGAAAAUGACGCUCCGUAGAGAAACAUUGAAAGCUUUAGAGACAAGGAGGAACUCUGUGAUGGCUGAACGAAGAAAAUCGCAAAUGCAGACUCUGGGAGCAAAUAAUGAAUAUGGUGUUACAGGAAAGCUAAAUAAUAAUAUAGCUGUACCGCGUCAUCGCACAUCGAACGCAAAUAUUUCAGUCAAGGAUGUAUUUGCCGAACCUAACGGGGGACAAAUAAACCGCGGCUACGAAACUGCAAUAGGAGAUGAGGAGGAGGCGAAUUCCAUGAGACUGCAGCCAAGACAGAACCAAGUGUCCUUUCAGGGCAGAUAUCAAUAAGUUGUGCCACUCACAGGUUUGCCACAACGGUUAAACAUAGAGAGCUUACCAUUAACGAAUUUAGAUACUCAUUUUGUAUUUUUUUAGAUAAUAUUAAAAAUAAAUUUUAAACAUCAUAUUGUUUGUGAUAUUUCAAUGUUUUGUUACAACCUGUACAUAUUUAGUACAGAAUGUACUAGCAACCUUUAGUUGAAUAAACGGCUUUAUUAUAUAAUAGGUAUAUUUUGUACACUGCCAAUUUAUUAAAUAAGAUUAUGAAA